AUGGCGACUAUGGAGACCAAGAUGAACACUGACAUCCCUUAUACUCCAGAUGCAGAGCCUCAGCGCCAGCCCAGCGAGCUUCCAGCCCGCCAACGGUACCCGGCGUCCUUGCACUUUGCGUUCGUCGCGGGUAUCCUCCUGCCCCUGACCGUCCUCCCAUGGGUCCUAAGCAAGCGACACACCGCGAGUCUUCGAGCGCGAUUGAAGGAAUCUGAGAAACAGUUCAAGGACGUGCACCUGGACUGGAGGACGGCAUUAUUGGAAUUGGAUAUGAUUAGAACACAGCAAACCAGGCUAGUCGACGAGGUGCGGCUCCUAAAGCAAGAGCUCGCGGCUGCCAAAGCCCAAUCAGCUUCGAUGCAUACCGAGGUCCUCGCUGCGCAACGACCACUCAAAGAAGAGGCUCGUAGGGCUCGAGAAGAGAUAGGGGACUUGAGAACCAAGCAAACUGCUUCUCUACAAGAAGUGGGCCAGUCUCUUGGGAGCGUAGCUGGAUUCAUGCAAGAGAUGGAGCUCCAUUUGGGCCUGGAACGGCGACGAGGGGACCAUAGGGGCAUCGAACAGCUCCGGAAGACGGCAGUGAGGCUACAGGAGCAGGCAGGUGACUCAAGCAUUGCCUCGAGGCAGCAACGAUAA